AUGAAAUGCCUCCUUACCCCUGACCCCAGUUUUAUUGCAAAGGGCCAUGCAGAUUUCAUCAUAAGGCUAAAGCUGGAGUUAAAGGUGUGUCACAGAAUUUCUUUUCCUAACCUCUCAGAGGAUCCCAAAUUUCAAUCUAUCCUUUCUGGGCUGUUCCUGUCCAUAUACCUGAUCACCGUGCUCAGAAAUCUGCUCAUUAUCCUGGUCAUCAGUUCUGAACACCAAUUCCACACCCCCAUGUACUUUUUCCUCUCCAUCCUGUCCAUCAGUGGCGUUGGUCUCAUCAACACCAUUGUCCCUAAGAUGCUAGGGGACAUACAGAGUCACAGCAGAGCCAUCUCUUAUGUGGGCUGCCUCACACAGAUGUCUUUUGCUAUCAUUUUUGGAAAUGUGAAUGCCACGCUUCUAACGGUGAUGGCAUGUGACAAGUUUGUGUCCAUUUGUCACCCUUUAAAAUACACAGGCAUCAUGAACCCUCAUGUCCAUGCACUCUUGAAUCUGGUGUCUUCCCUCAUUAGCAUUUUGGAGUCGCAGGUGCACACUCUGAUUGCCUCACAGUUUAGCAGCUUCAAGGAUGUGGACAUUCAUAAUUUUUACUGUGACCCUUCUCAAGUGUUUUGCCUUGACUGCUGUGAAAUGCUAAACAAAAAAAAGAAACUAGCCCUAUAUUUUGCUGGUUCCCUAUUCAUGUUAUUUCUUAUCUCUGAGAUCAUUUUUUCUUACUAUAAAAUCAUUUCUUCUAUUCUGAGAAUCAUAUCAGCAGGUGGGAAGCAUAAAGCCUUCUCCACCCGUGGCUCUCAACUCUGCAUAGUAUGUUUAUUUUAUGGAACCGCCAUUGGCGUGUACCUUGGGUCAACAGUGUCCUAUUCUCCAAGGCAACAAACAGUGGCCUCAGUGAUGUACUCUGUGGUCACCCCAUGCUGA